GCCAACUAUAUGAUCAUAUUAUGCCAUCCAUCCAGGAGACACUAACCUUUUCAAAUAGAUUUCCAAUUAUUGCGGAGAGAAGUGUAGCUGUGGCAAAUCAACAUAGAUAACGCUUUAGUAUCUCAUUUAAUCUCAUUGUUGUCUAUCUUCAGGUAAAAUACGUUAAUCAACAGUUCGAGUUAACUUGGUGAAAGUCACCAUUUUUCACAAUAUAAGUGUGUUCAACAAAUUUUACAAGAUUCUGUUUAUCAUAUGUAAGCAUUGCUGCCUUAGUUAAUGCUUCUCAUACUCAUUAAUGUUUGCUGAAUGACAGCAUUCCUGUAUAGUUAUAUACGGGCUCCUUAGCGACUAUGGGAAGCUUAAAUCGUGAAAACGUGAAAAACACAAAGAAUGCUAUAAGCGAAAAUCUCAACAACGCAGGACGGAAUAUUCAACAGACUAGUCACGCUGCAGGAGAAUCUUUGCAAGAAAGUCUUCAAAACAUCGGCAAAGCUAUAGACGAUAAAAUUAAAGGUGCAGACCAAGCUAUCCACAACACCGCCCAAUCAGCAAGCCAAUACUGGCGAGACACCGAGGCAGCUGUAGCUCAGAAAGUGCGCGAGACAGAAGAAGCUGCUGAGGCUAAGCGAAGGGCUUUGGCUCAGGGCCUGAGGAACACUGCUCAGAACAUCGACGAAAAAAUCAAGGAAUCCGAAGAUGCAGUUCAGAAGAGGGCUAAAGAAGCUGCGGAAGCUGCUGAAACUCAAAGAGGAGCUCUUGCUGAGGGUGUGGACCAUAAAAAGCAGGAAAUAGCAGAGGGCGCUCAAAACAUCGCUAAAAACAUCGAUGAUAAACUAAGAGAAACCGAAUCAGCUAUCGAGAAAAAAGCACGUGAAGCUGCCGAAGCUGCCAAAACUGCAAAGCAGGGAGUAGCUCAGGGAGCUCAAGACAUUGUUCGAAACGUAGAUCAGAAGCUCAGAGAAAGUGAGGCAGCAGCUGAACAAAAAGCUAAAGAUUCUGCCCGGGCUGCUGAAGCUGCGAAGCAAGGGUUAGUCCAAGGAGCGCAAAACGUCGCUAAGAAUAUAGAUCAUAAGCUCAGAGAAACUGAGGCCGCAGCUGAGCAAAAAGCUAAAGAUACGGCCCAGGCUGCUCAAGCUGUGAAGCAAGGGUUAGUCCAAGGAGCGCAAAACGUUGCUAAGAAUGUAGAUCAGAAGCUUAGAGAAACUGAGUCAGCAGCUGAGCAGAAGGCUAGAGAGGCAGCUCAAGGAGCUCAGAAUUUGGCACACAAUGUAGGUCAGAAAUUAAAGGAAACAGAAUCUGCGGCUGAGCAAAAAGCCAGACAAGCUACGCAAGGGGUUCAAAACUUAGCCAAAAAUGUUGAUCAGAAGCUCAGAGAAACUGAGACUGCAGCUGAGCAGAAAGCUAAAGAAACAGCUCACAAGGUGGGACAAACACUAAAGGAAACUGAAGCUGCUGCAGAGCUAAAGGCUAAAGAAGCUGCUCAAGCAGCUGAAGCCCAAAGACAAUCCUUAGUUGAGGGAGCUCAGAACUUAGCUGCGUAUGUUGACCACAAACUUAAAGAAACUGAAGCAGCAGCUGAACAAAAAGCUAGAGAUGCAGCACAAGGGGCUCAAAACUUAGCCAGGAAUGUGGACCAGAAACUAGAAGAAACUGAGGCUGCAGCUAAGCAGAAAGCUAACGAGGCUGCUCAAGGCGCUCAAAAUCUAGCCCAGAAUGUAGGUCAAAAACUGAAGGAUACUGAAGCCGCAGCUGAACAAAAAGCUAGAGAAGCUGCACAAGGGGCUCAAAACUUAGCCAGAAACGUAGACCAGAAACUCAGAGAAACAGAGGAGGCAGCUGAGCAGAAAGCUAAAGAGGCAGCUCAAGGCGCUCAAAAUUUAGCGAAAAACGUAGAUCAGAAGCUCAAAGAUAGUGAAGCUGCUGCUCAACAAGCGAAAGAGGUAGCCCAUGGUAUGCAAAAUGUAUCUAGAAACGUAGCCCAAAACAUCAAUAACACAGUUCAAGAAACUGUAAACGCAGCUCAAAACGUGGCCCAGAACGCAGCUAGAAGUGUAGAUAACAAGCUUCACGAAACUGCUGCAACUGCAGAAGCUAAGCGUCAAGAAUUGGUCAAGGGAGCUCAGAAGUUAGCUCAAAGUGCAGCUAGGAAUGUAGAUAAUACGCUCAACGAAACUGCUGAAGCUGUGGAAGCAAAGAAACGAGAACUCGCUCAGGGAGCCCAAAAUACUGCUAAAGCUGUAGAUCAAAGAUUGCACAAUAUUGCUAAUGCUGGCGAAGCUGAAAGGCAACGAUUGGCACAAGGGGUGCAUAACAUUGGAACUGCGAUUGGAGGUAAACUCCACCAAACCGCCCAAGAUGCAAAUCAGGGUUUCCACAACGCAGAAAUCAGCCUUGAUAAUAAAGUACGAGAAGCUGGCCAAAACCUACAGAAUUUCGGUCAGAAUGUCGACAACAAACUGAAAGACAUGAGUCAGGCUGCAGGCAACAAACUUGAAAAAGCAAAACAAAAUAUAAGUGAAGACAUUGACGAAAGCAACAAGAGGAUACAUGCUGGGCUGGAUGAAGCAUCAGAUAUGACGAAGAAUAUACUAGGGAAAAGCCUAAUACCGAAAAACUAACUACAUAAAAUUGUCAAUUAUAGAGGUCUACAUGCUGCAUUUGAGUUUAUUCUGGAAGCGGUCCAAUUUUAUUGCUAGACUAAACGAGUGCCUUUUGCUAACUUUCAACAUGAUACCAUCACCGGCUGUGCGCCUGAGUAUCUACCUAUUAUAUUUAUCAUAAACAAAAAAGUGCUAAGAUAGCUUUUCGUCCUGUUCAUGUUACAGCUUCAAACAAAUACCACUACAAUGUUGGAUCUCCUAUAGACUGAAUUAAGAUUACAUAUACUGAAUUCUAAAUUACACUAAUCAAAAGUGAUUCCCUUUUACACAAUCAGCUUCAGUAACUAGUUGGUAAAGCAAUAUGAUCAUGGAUAAUGUUUCCACAUCUCUAGUGGUAUUUGACACCUGCAUAAAUGUAUAUUUAAAAAGAACACAAGUUAUAUAUUUCAGCAUUGUUCAAUGUUUAUACUAUAGAUGCAGCAUAGUAUUUUUGCUAACUUUCUGCUAAUAAAAAUAUGUUUCUAUGUUUGUACUGUUUGUAUAUUUUUAAUGUAAUGUUUAUUUGCAC